AUGACUGACCUCCUGGCCAACCUGAGUGUUCCAUGGGGCACACAGGCGAUUGUGAGACCCAACCUGACAGCAGCUGCCCUGGUUGUGCCAGGGUCAGACAAGUCUCUGGCCCCCUUCUGCACCUUCUGCUGCUGUGGCCUGCUGAACCGUACCCUGGCUGUGGUGUUUAUGGUCAGCCUGGCCRUCGCCAUAGUGGUGGGCAACGUGGUCACGCUCACCGUCUUCAUGCAGACAAGACAGGUCCGCACACCACAGGGAUACCUCAAAGUCUCUCUGGCCAUAGCGGACAUGAUGGUUGGACUGCUGGUGGUUCCUUUCUCUGUCUACACUGAGAUCUCUCUGAUGGUGACCAGUUCCCCUCCUGUCUGGUACCAGGGGGGCACUGACCCCUCCAUGGGGGGCCUGGUGGGACCCUGGCAGCCCUGCAUGCUGAUUGGUCCAGUCUUCGCCGGCUGUACAUUUGUCUCCAUCAGUACUAUUUUCCUGAUGACGGUAGAGCGCUGUGUGGCCAUCUUAUGGCCCCUUCAUAAGGACCACCUGGUGACACGGAGACGUACCCUGUUUCUCAUCCUCUUCUCCUGGGCAGGCAGUUUCCUCCUGGCCCUGGCCCCCCUCAUCCUCAGCAACAACUUCACACUGGAGUACAGUGAGUGCAGCCGGAUGUGUAACUACGUCCCCCUGUGGGAUGGAGUCACGCUGCCCUCUGACGCCAACAUCCUCCUGCUGUUCCCUGUGUUUGACUUCACGCUGCUGGGCGGCACCCUGGUAUUCAACAUCCUGUCCUUCACCAGCAUCCGCCACUACACACGCAAACGUAAGCUCAUGUCAGAGGGGAAUGUAGGGGUCGAGGGAGGGGGAGGCGGCUGCCAACAUAGACCCUCCUUCUCUGACAUCAAGGCUGCCAAGACGAUCAGCAUUCUGACGUUUGCCUUUACGGCUUCCUUCACCCCCAUCGCUGUGUUUGUGCUGGGCAACGUGGUGGGCUUCACCUGGUGCAACUUCUCCUUCGUAGCCUUCUGGAUACUGACUGGGAACAGCUGCUGUAAUGUGAUAAUAUACAGCGUGAGAGACCAGCGCUUCAAGAAAGGAGUGACUCUGCUUUUUCAGAGGGAGCACUCACCUUCCCACGGGGAGAAAGGCGGAGCUACACCACCCCCACUCACCUUGUGA